UACAGUGGUGUUCAUAUGCCCCCUUCUGGGGGGGCUGAGCUGCUCUCAUUUCAGAAGGAUAAGGGACACUUGGUUUCCUGAGCUUAUCCCAGCACAGUGGAGACUGGCCCUGUUGUGUGGAGAGGACAGCAGAUGGUGUCAAAGAUAGACUAAUCUGUGAACUCAGGGGAAGAGAUAGACCUUUGAGUAGCAUGCAAGACAAAGACAACUGGAUAAAGCCCUAGAUGGUACUCAGGUAUAACACCUGUCUGGGCCAUGGCUCCCACGCUCAGGAACCAGACUUUGUGGGUGAGGACAUGCUGUCCCUCCUGCCAAGUUAAUAAUUUUCUCUCUAAGCCAGGAUCCUGCCGCAGGCAGGAAUAUAAUUCUGCUACAGCAGCUCCUACUCAGUCUGCCUGUCAAAAUCACCCUACAGCUCAGGAUUUAAGGAGCAGGGUCAUGGGAAUGUGGGGUUUUAGGGGAUCUCUCAGGAAAUGCCCUCCCCAGAAUUCCAUAAUGAAGGCCCAUGUACUUGUAGGUGUGUCGGUCAUGUUGGGCUUCGCAGUGGGAAAAGCUCCUGCUCCUGAGGUCCGGACCUGCCAUUUCUGCCUCUUAGAAGACUCUUCUGUAGGGUGCAUUUCAGGCUCGGAGAAGUGCACCAUCAGCAGCUCAUCCCCAUGCAUGGUGAUCUCCAUUUAUUAUGACGUCAAGGUUCGCUUCACCAUCCGAGGCUGUGGACAUUACAAUUCCUACCACUGCCAAGAACGACGUAAUACCUACUUCCCAAAGUACUGGUAUCGGGCUGAGUGCUGCCAGUAUGAUUACUGCAAUUCCUGGUACAGCCCCCAGCUCCAGAGUUACCUGCCUGAGUCUUCUGAUAAGCCUCUGCUUCUGCCACUGUCUAACUCCCAAAUCCAACGAUUCUACCAGGCCCUCAACCUCUCACUGCCCCUACCCAGCGUCAGUACUGGGAAGGACCCUGAAGGCCUGGACCCUCUGGCCUCCCUGUCCCUGAACCUGGGCUUGUCCAUUGCUGCGCUGCGCCGCAUGUACUUGUUCCUCAAUAGUUCAGGACUUUUGAUUCUUCCCCAGGCUGGGCUCUGACACCUGACUUUUCCCAGAUUCCACUCUGUUCCAGCAUCUCUGUCUAACUUCCCCAGCAUCCUGCACUGCCCUCUCAGAGAACACUCACAUUAUUUUGAUCACUAUGAUUUUUUAGGUCUCCCUCCUUUGUACUCCAGCAUUUAUGUGGCUUUGGUUUAAUUUCUCUCCUGAACCCUGAUUCUGCUCCUCCUCCUAGGAAAGAAUCUCAAGUGUGGACUCUGCCCAGGCUGACCUAACUCUCAUCCCUUUCCCAUCAUCUCAGUGUUCUUUCAUCUCCUAUCCCCUCUGUCUGAUGACUUGCCACUUCUAUUUGCAUCUACCUCUAAGACCUAGUACCAGACUGAAUUGCAGCAAGAAGGAUGGGGUUGGGCUUGGCACCCGUAGCACAGUUGUUACAGCGCCAGCCACAUGC